AAAAUUAGAGCAAAGGAUGCUACAACCUCUUCCUCCACCCUCCAUUCCCCCAUCCACCCAUCACCUCGCUCCUUGUGUAUGACACUUGAAGUGAGAGAAUUGAUUUAUUCGGAAGCAUCCAGCUGGUAAGAGCCUGGCUCGCGCAGUCGGCUCAGCUUCUCGCCAGGUCUUGGCGUCUGCCUGCAGGGCCACCGCCGCCGCCGCUAGUCCUCCGCGCACGACGUGAUCUCGCGGCAACAAAACGUCACACUACGUCCCCCUAACGAGUUGCAAUCCCCCUCCCCCCUUCACCGUCCUCUCCAGCAUCUUCAUCUCUUGCAAUGAGCACGUCACUCUUCCGCUUCAUGCAUCUGCGAUCGCCGCCGUGACACGACCUCGCUGAUGCUCCACACGCACCAGGAGGAGGUGACCGCUUCCAACGAUCAACGUGCAGAUCCGACGACAGAAAGAAAAGGAAGUUGCUUCGUGUGCUUCAAAGCUUGUUUAAUGACGUGGGUUUUGUAAAGUUUGGUUGUCUCUACAAAACAAAAUGUCCAGAAAAUUUUCCAGAGCCAUUCUGCAGUUGGUUUUUGACCCCAGAGACUGUCAAACAGUUGUUUAAAUCUUCAGUUCUGGCUUCCAAUUGACUCCACGUGCUCAUCAAGUGAGCACGAUCAUUGAACACUCGAUUUUUAUAUCUGAUCACCCUUCUAGACGUUCAUACAGAGCGGCUGUGCAGUGUUCAAGAGCUCAGUGCUGAUUAAACCUUUUAUUGUAAACUAAUUCAAUGAUUCGCCGAAUCUGGUGGACGCGUAUGUAAUUGUGAGAAAGAUGCAUGCUGGUUAGGGAAUUGCAGGAUGCUGGCAGCAGUUUACAUUUUCCUAAUGCUGGACCAUAAGGUAGUUCAGCAAAUGUCGGUGUUUCUGGAAAGUGGAUGAACUUCUCUCUGCCAAAGGUUUUGUUAGCGCCUGAGGCAGAUCGCUCGUGUGGCCAUGACUCCACUUGUACGAGAAUAUUCAAGUGCAAAGAACUGCUGGAGGGAAGGUGGAGGGAGGAGGUGAGACAUUAAAGCAGACCUCAGCCCCGUCGUCUCUGGAGGAGCGAAAUCGCACGUGCGGUUGCCUGGGUUUUACAAGUCCUCUGCCCAAGAUGGCGCUGCUGGAGCAGGCCAACAACGCUCCGCCGGAAAAUUGCUUCCGCCUCGUCAUCCUGGGCUCGGCCAAGGUGGGGAAGACGUCCCUGGUGCAACGCUUCCUGUUCAAUCGGUACGACGACAACUACACCCCAACCAUCGAGGACUUCCAUCGUAAGGUCUAUCGCAUUCGGGGUGUUCCCUACCGCCUGGACAUACUGGAUACCUCGGGUAUCCACCCUUUUCCAGCCAUGCGACGUCUUUCGUUCAUCACAGGUGAUCUGUUCGUCCUGGUGUUUAGCGUGGACAACCGCGAGUCCUUCAAUGAGGUGAUCCGCCUUCGUGAGCAGAUCCUGGAGUGCAAGAAGCAGUGCCAGAAGGUGGGCGUGCCCAAUCUCCUCAACAUUCCCAUGGUCAUCGUUGGCAACAAGGUGGACCGCGAUGCUCACAGAGUGAUCGACCCCUCGGACGUCGCGGCUCUGCUGGGCGGACAGCCGAACUGUGUGUGCGUAGAGACUUCCGCCAAGAAAAACACCAACGUGGACGAGGUCUUCAAGCAGCUCUUCACUCUGGCUCACCUUCCGGCCGAAAUGAGCCCGUCCAUGCACCGGAAGGUGACGCCGUGGUACGAGGGUCGCAGCGGCAACCAGCAGGGGGGGCGACUGGUGUCCAUCCGGCGCAAGAUGAGUGACGCUUGCGGCGCAGUGGCCCCCAACGUGCGACGGCCCAGCAUCAGGACCGACCUGCUGAUGGCGCAGAGUCGCACGACCAAAGAUGACAUUGACCAGGCCCGGGAGACACGCUGUGUCAUCCAGUGACAGGAAGAGAGGAGACGGCAGCAGAUGACUGGACUGUGUGCAGGAUGUGGCACUUUUUUUUGUGUGUGUCGUCGGUGCGCUACUGUCAAUGAUGUCAACGGAGGUGGUCUCCCUUAAGCGUCCAGUGGGGAAGGGAAGAAGGAAUCCAAUGCUAGCUUCAAACGUCACGUGACAUCCCCAUUUCCGCGGUUUGAUACCGCGGUUUUCUCUGAAACAAAUUAAUGACACACAUUGCCUCUCGGUUACAUUUUGUAACAAAUUAAAGUGUAUUUGUAAUAACCCUUCUCAUAUGAGCUCGCCUUAUUCAAUGAAAAAUUUUUCAGACUUUAGUCUUUUAAUAUUUACACAGCAGAUUCCUUUUGAAAUUCUCAAGACAUUUUAAUUCAUAAUGACCGGCAAUAGAGAGGUUCAUAGAUAAAAAGAGGUCGUAGACGAUUGAAGAGAGGUCAAUAUAACGGUAGUGUGUGCAUGUGUGAAAGAAAGAGAUGUGAGAGCAUGUAUUUGUGAAUGUGCAUGCGUGAGCAGUGUUCAGAAACCGGAGUGUUCAGUACUUCCGCUAGUCUCGCUGUCAAAACAUUAAUUAAGCUAGCUAGUACUUUUGAUGAUUUAAAGCUUCUUCGUGCCCUCAGCUUCACGCUCAGUGUUUUGAGCGAGACAAUAUGUGACCUGUAGCGAUCUGAGUGUUCUUAUUCAGUGCUCCUUCGUCUUAAGUUUUUAAUCCCCUCCUCAGUCGUUUCUUUGUCUGGUUUUGUUAACAGAAGCUGUUUUCUGUGCAUGUCCGAAUGAAAUGUAAAGGGGCGCUAACAUCGUCAUAGCCAGAUGCCUUAUCUGUGUUGUUGUUGUUGUUGAUGAUGUCAUACAAGGAACAGAUGCUAAUUCCCCUAUCCUCUUCCCGUCCCAACCCCACCUACCAGACCAUUUUCAGAUAUUUUUGAAAGAAUCGUGACGAAAACGCUUCUUGUUAUGUGCCCAAGCCCCAGUGAUGCAUGUGUUGUAUUAGUAUGGGUAUUUUCAAGAUGUCCAUUGCUGUAUUUAAUUGUGGUUAUUUUCGCUGCUUAGUUCCUAGUAAGUGCAUCAUUGAAUUCUUGUACUGCUUUCCGUUCUUACAGGACGUAUAGAUCAAGAAAAUUUGUCGAAAAGAAAGGUCCUACCUCACCUCUUUCCUGAGCAGACAUGAAAAGCGAAGUAUUUUGAUUGCCUUGCCUCUCAAUCUUAGUCAAACUGCUUUGUCUGCUGGACACAGACGUUUUAUCUCCCUUGUUAUAAUAGAUUGAGAAGGGAGAAACAAGAGCCCAGGCUGGCUAGGUUAUUGAAUGAAGACUUGCCGUACAGGCCGGCAUCUCGUGUCUUUCAACUAGAACAGCUUACAGACAAAUGAACUCGCACUUAGGUCCUGUCGCGGGGUGCAAUCUAAUUCCCUAACACUCUACCCUUAAUGGACACAUGUCUAAUAGACGGAAAGGCCUAAUAAAGCCUGAUCAAAAAGAAAAAGUUCCACCGCAUCUCGAUAGAUGACAUGUUCUAACGUCUUCUUAACGGUAUAAUUACGUCCAUCCAGCUAUUUUUGAAAAGUACCCGCUCUAACCGUCGGUCUAAUCGUGUAUAGUAGUUGACUGGAAGACAGUUCUGGAGCAAGGUACACAGUACCCGUAGCUGCGUUACUGAUAGUCCAGACAAUGUGUCUUCAGCCAUUAAGUUACUCACGAACCAUCCCACGAUGCACUGGGGCCACUGAUUGGCGGCCUGGGCCUUCUGAUGACACAAGUUCUCUGACACAGCAGGCCAGUUAAAAGAUGCGGGUACCUCAUGACUCACUGACGUCAACCUCAAGGUGCGCCACCCCGUGCUCACCCACCCCAGCCUGUGAUCUGAUUUCUCGGGAUGUGUGCUUUGGCCUCGGCAUGAACGAAUUUCCAUUAACAUGAGAACGCCCUGUCAGAGUUUGAGAUGUUUUCUGACGAAAACAGAGAAAUUUCGUCGGUGAUAAAAAGGGAGGUAAACAGGAGCAGAAUGUUGUUGAGGACGGAAUUAAUCAAGUGUGCGAGACUGAUUUGCAUGAGCAAGCAGCCCACGUGCAGACAACGGAGUGGCUGUAAGCUGUUGAGUGCGCAUGCGGUCGUUGCUGCUAAGUGCCAGAUGUCCCCCUCCAUGAGACUGCAGACAUCUGCUCUUGUCCUACACAUCUCAUAACGGUCAGGGUAAACUUUGACCUAUAUGUCACGUGACACUAUGGGUAGUGUCUGAUAAACUUCAUCCAAGAUAAAAGAUACCACCAUGUUCUGUACAUCACUUGACGAUAAAAGGAGGACAGUAACUAAAGUUCAAGUAAGAAGAAAUAUUAAAGUUGGUUGUUAGAGAGAUGUGGAUUGGUCUUCUUUCUUCUUUCUUCCCUCCCUCACCCCAACCCACCUUCCCUUUGUUCGUGUUCCUAAACCUUAAUUCUAUGAGCUUAACCCUUGCACCAGUUGCUAGACUGACGACGGGGAGCUAAACCUAAUACAGUUACAGAACUCAAGCCAUCGAGUGAUCCAGCUUCGUCUUCUUCCCAAACUACAUCUGACAACGCCCCCUGGUGUUACAAUGUAAUCUCCGUGGCCUCUGCGUGAGACCUCAACAGUGAUGAGGAUCAAGCCGUUCCCAGUGUCAUCUAGAAGAAAAGCUGAGGCAACACGACUUGUAGUGAGUACAGUCACCUGCAUGUCACUGAAAUUUCUCAGUGGGAUCGGCUUCGUCGCUUGAACCUUGGUGUUCAAAGUGGUCGAAGCAGUGCAAACCAUGUCGCCUUCAUCUGAUGAGCUAACGGCCAAGUCGCUAACUCAAUAUGAUGAGAUUAACCGUUUUUCUGGAGAUAAACUAACCACUCAAUAUGUCAAAAUGGACCUCUGUGCUAGGCAUACAGUCGCCACUCAUCACGUGGAGAUGGACCUUUGUGUCAGGGGUACAAUCGCUACUCACUGCAUCCACGUGGACCUUUCUAUCAGGAGUACAGCUGCUUAUCAAAUGGACCUUUUUGUCAGGGGUGCAUUCGCCGCUCAUUGCGUCAGCAUGGACCUCACUGUCGGGUGCAGAGUCGCCACUCGUGACCUGAAAAUGGACCUUUCUGCUGGAUGUACGCUCUCCACUCAUUAACUCGAGGUGGCCCGCUGUCAGUGGUACAACCACCUCGAAGAGGUUGCUUCUUCCUUUUUCUUGUAUAUCCUGUUUUAUUAUUGUUGUUUUUGUGGGUUUUUUUUUAAAAAGGAAGUUGUUGUGUAUGUAGAUAAAUUCCGCUUUGGGCGUCGAUGAACGUGCCUUGUACGUGCGCAUGCUACGUUUGCUGUAGGAGGGAAGGGAAAAGCGUGGUAUGGGUGAGAAAGAAAAUUAUCCUUUGUUGUCGAUAUUUUUAUUAGGUCUUCUCCCAGGAUAGAAGUUGUUUAUUCACGAAGAAGACUAGUACAAGUAUGUCUUCAAGUCAUAAAUCCAAGAGACUGGUCAAAAGCCUUCACAGCAUCGCCAUCUGCACAGACCUGGUGAUCAUUGCGCGCCAUCUUGUGCAGCCGCCUGUGAGAUGCUGGAGUAAAAUGAAUGAAUUCCAACAUCUUUGUUUCCAUCGUGUAACUACUGUUUGCUGGAAACAUUUUCGUCCUUCUGUUUAUAUUUAUGUAUAAAUUAUAGGUUUCGCAACAGUCUUGUUCUCAUGAUGGCUGCCAUGUUCAAUGUGUGAUGCAAAACAGAUUUGUGUUCGUAUCUGGUUGUACGGAAUACCUGCUUCAACAUCUGCAGACAUUGUUGGUGUAACUAAACAGCUCCGUUCUGCAUGUGUACUGUGGUAUGAUAAACUUUCUGUCCUGUUGCUUGUGCCAUGGACGGUCGUGAAGCUGUUGUUAAGUGCCACUCGAUGUGUUUACUGUGUGAGCUUUCGGUGUUUCGUUUGCAUUGGAGUGGUAGGUCCUUCGUGAGUAGUAGAAUGCCAAAAGCCGGGCAGUCAGUCUUUCUGUAAUGUCCAAACCGGCAUUAUUAUGACAAAAAUGUAAAUCCCAUCAUUACUAACACUGUCUUGUUUCUUUGUCUUGUCGAUAAAGUAUGUUGAUCAUUUAUCAUAUGGAAGUGAAUUAGAAGCUGGACUCAUCUUCUUUCAUUUUCUUGUCAGCAUCCAUCAGACAAACUAAAGUUAAUGUCAUGCCAUUAUCUUCUCCUCACUUGUUAUUGACUACCUGUCCCCUGUGCCCGCAGGAUUGAAGACAGCUUUAGAGCGAUGUCUUGCUGCCAACCAAAUAUGCUAUUUUGUGUAAUUUUAUACGGGAAGCGUGACCAAAGCUGCUUUUAUGUAAUAAAGAACUUGUUCCGCAUGAACA